GGAAGAUGGAAAAGACACACACAGACAGCCGCGUGGCUUGGAUGCUCGACUUUGAGUCUCGUGGGUGUUUGGUUGGAGGAGCUGGAAGUUGGGCUUUCUGGAUCCACGGCUGACAGGGCAGCUGUGCUGCACAGUCCAGCUCAGCGCUCGCAGCUGUGAGGACACAGCGACUGCAGCAGUCAUGGCUGCUGGCUUCCUAAUUGCAAGAUUAUUGCUGGUCUGUUUGUUGAGUGAGGUGAACUACUCCUCAGCUUUUCCAAGAGCCAGAAGUUUUGUGCAACCGAGAGUGUGGCAAAGUGAAGGAGAGGAAGAAGCCUACAACUAUGAGAACUGUCAUCCUUUCUACUACAUCAGUGCCCAGGACAAAACAUUGGAAAAGCAGGGACGUUUAAUGAUGGCCCCUUUCCAUAUCUGUAAACAAAACCAUCCCAUAGUGUACCAAAAAGCCUCAAACCUCAAGCCUGCAAACCCCUUGCAGCCACGAUCUAAUGUUGCCACCAAAUGGCCAAAAGAGACUGUUCUACCCCAGCGUCCACCACAGAAGAAACAUCUGUCACCCAAACCCAAAAGCUACGAAUUUAGUCUGAGCAUUCCAUAUUUUGAUCUUUCGGUCAGACAUGAAGGGGGAGAUUUGGCCAGUGAAGGACAUGAUGGUGGAAAUGAUACCGCUCCUGUCUCUAAACCAGGCUUUCAAAUCGACUUAUCUGUUCCCUCUUCAUCUGUCUCUCAAUAUCCCAAUAUCCCAAUGACCAGCUAUGUUGACAGUUCAGUAAAUCAAGAAAAUCCAGAGAACACAGAGUUUGUCAAUUACGGUAACAUAAAGCAGGAAAUGCCACAAUCAAGGCAACCUUUCUUAAACUCUGCUGGUAGUAGUUACUCAGAAACACAGGAACCGGCUUAUAAACCAUAUUCCAUCGAAACACAAUCAAGUUCAACUCUUACUGGAUCAGAAAGACCUUUUCUACAUUUUCAAACACAGGAGCAGACUUAUGAGCCAGUUCAUGUUAAACCACAAAGCUCCACUCUGCAUGAAACAGAAAGGCCUUUCUUCAACUUUGAAACAACACCACAACAGACUUUUGAGCCAAGUCGUGUUAAACCCCAGUCAAGUUCACCAAUAACUGGAUCAGAAUGGCCUUUCUUUAACUCUGCAGCAACAGAGCAACAGACACAUGAACCAGGUUAUCUUAGACCUCAAUCAAGUUCAACCCUUGGUGGAUCAGAAUGGCCUGCCUUAAACUUGGCACCUCCCUGGCAACAAUCCUUUGAGGCAGGUCAUCUUAAGCCUCAAGCAAGUUCAGCAAUAGCUGGAUCAGAAUGGCUGGUCUUCAAUUCGGCACCACCCUGGCAACAAUCCUUUGAGGCAGAUGGUCUUGAGCCUCAAUCAAGCGCAACCCUUGGUGGAUCAGAAUGGCCUGCCUUAAACUUGGCACCUCCCUGGCAACAAUCCUUUGAGGCAGGUCAUCUUAAGCCUCAAGCAAGUUCAGCAAUAGCUGGAUCAGAAUGGCCUGCCUUCAAUUCGGCACCACCUCGGCAACGAACCUUUGAGCCAGGUCGUGUUAAGCCACAGUCCAGUUCAGCAAUAGCUGGAUCAGAAUGGCCUGCCUUAAACUCAGCAGCAACACAGCAACAGACUCAUGAGUCGGGUUAUCUUAAACCACAAUCAAUUCCAGCCCUUGGUGGAUCAGAAUGGCCUGUCUUCAAUUCGGCACCACCUCGGCAACAAUCCUUCGAGGCAGCUGGUCUUAAGCCUCAAUCACGUUCAACCCUUGGUGGAUCAGAAUGGCCUGCUUUAAACUUAGCACCAAUUCAGCAACAGACUCAUGAAUCAGGUUAUCUUAAGCAACAAUCAAGCUCAACCCUUGGUGGAUCAGACUGGCCUGUCUUCAAUUUGGCACCGACUCGGCAACAAACCUUUGAGGCAGAUGGUCUUAAGCCUCAAUCACGUUCAACCCUGGAUGGAUCAGAAUGGCCUACCUUAAAUAUGGCACCAACUCUGCAACAGGCUUCUUUACACAGGAACUAACUCAGUGUCAACUCUGUUCAAUCUGUGCACAAAGGUUAUUUUACUUUUGGAGCGCAUUUCUGCCAAGACUAACUCACCAUGCAAAUAAAUACACAAUUUCCUUCUUGCA